AUGAAAGCUGCAAUCGUCUGCCACGACAACCCAAGCUGGACAGAAGUUCUUCCUCUCGUUCUCCUCGGCAUCCGCAGCGCAUGGAAGGAGGACGUCCAGUCUUCAGCAGCCGAGCUGGUCUACGGGGAACCACUCCGACUACCCGGCCAGUUCUUCUCCACAUCAGACGACGCGCCCUGUGACGUCCCGGACUUCGCAUGCAGACUCCGCAGACAUAUGAACAAGCUCGCACCUCAACCUACAGCCUGGCACUCCAACAAAAGACCCUUCUACAUCCCGAAGGAUCUCAGCACAGCAUCCCAUGUGUUCCUGCGUCAGGGUCCAGAGCGACGACCACUUGAAGCUGCAUACCAGGGACCAUACCGAGUACUGAAGAGGAGUCCCAAACAAUACACGCUCGACGUGAAAGGAAGAGAGCUCACCGUCAGCAUAGACCGUCUGAAGCCAGCAUACAUCAUGAAAGAAGAUGUCAAGACGUCUCAGACCACACUCCAUCAGAGCAAACCUCCACUCCAACCAACGCAACCUCCACUCCAACCAACGAAGCCUCCACUCCAACCAACGAAGUCUCCACUCCAACCAACGAAGUCUCCACUCCAACCAACGAAGCCUCCACUCCAACCAACGAAGCCUGCAAUCCAGCCAACCAAGCCUGCAAUCCAGCCAACCAAGCCGGCACUUAAGCCAGCCACAGCAACGAUGCCAGAGAAGAGGACCAGGAGUGGACGAGUAGUACGAUUCCCGUCGCGGCUACACACCAUCGACCGUAGUCACGGUCUCGGUGGGGGAGUAUAUGUAGUGGCACAACCCGCUGUACUGUGA